CAUUUUCUUCUCAGAAAGAAGAAGAAUCUGAUGCUCUUAAGAAGCAGCCACACCCACCACCAUCUUCACUAACCAGCCAUGGCGGAAGAUCAAUUUCAAGCCACUGGAAACUGGUGGGACUCAGCCAGAAACUCCAGGUUCGAAACUGAGGCUUCUCAAUCUUCCUCCUCCAUCCCCAACUUCGCUUGGCAACAUACAGAUAUGUCGUCUCAUCAAGACCUCAAGCCAAGGUCUUCCAUGGCGGCUUCACCUUCUUCCUCCGACCCCAACCUGCAUAUGAUGGGUUUAGGCCUCUCUUCCCAACCUCUGGACUGGAAUCAACCCUCCUUUCUCCGAGGUGCAGAGAAAGGUGGGGAGAGCAGUUUCUUGAACGCAUCAAGCACGAAUUUUCAGCAAGAAAGUGCCAUGGGGUUGUCUCAAGUUCAGUGGAGGGACAAGUUGUUUUCUGCUGAGUCGUCUUCUUCAACGAACGAGUUCAAACAAGUAAACCGGGGUUUCUCUUUAGAUCAAACGCAGUUUAGUCCUCAAUAUAGUUCUGGGGAAAGUACUGUAACCACCCAAGGCUUAGCAUCUAGUACUAACUUUCAGGUGGAUUUUUAUGGCAACUCAUCCAUAUUACAAGGACUAUUACCACCUGAUCAUAAUAACAAUAGUCAAGUCCAGUAUGAUCAUCACCAGAAUCGCCAGAUAAACUUUCCAUACCAAACAAGCUACGGAUUGAACAGUAACGAUCAGUUAAUGCCUUCAUGGUCUAAUAAAGUUCCUCAAUUUCUGCGAGCUUCACCUCCAAAACAACAACCACCCCAUAAUAACAAUCAGUUGCAUUUCACAAACAACGCUCCUUUCUGGAACGCUUCUGAGGCCUCAAAUAUUAAAGAUGCUAGAUCUGGCUUCUUUCCCUCUUUGCAACCUCCAUUCCCUUCUCCAAGCUUCGAUGUUCAAUCCAAGAAUAUGUGUGAAGUUAGGGAGUCGAGUAGCGUGGUGAAGAAAAGUGGGAGCGAGGCAGCACCCAAAAGGCCUCGGAACGAAACACCGUCUCCUUUGCCAGCGUUUAAGGUAAGAAAAGAGAAGAUGGGGGACAGAAUCACUGCGCUUCAACAAUUGGUUUCGCCUUUCGGAAAGACCGAUACAGCCUCGGUGCUCUCUGAAGCCAUUGAAUACAUCAAAUUCCUCCAUGAACAAGUGACAGUUUUAAGCACACCGUAUAUGAAAAGUGGAGCUCCCAUACAGCAUCAACAGAGUCCUGGUAAAUCUAAAGAAGGCGACGGUGGGAAGCAAGAUCUGAGAAGCAGAGGUCUAUGUCUGGUGCCGAUGUCGAGUACGUUUCCAGUGACUCAAGAAACCGCAGUUGAUUUUUGGACGCCAACAUUCGGAGGAACGUUCAGAUAACUAACGGUGACAAAUUGGUGCACGAAACUAGGACACAAAUAUCUUAUCAAACCUGUUCAAGUUGGGGACGAUAAGAUUUUCAUAACAUCAAAGAUAGAGAAGACACAGAAGCCCACAUAAAUUUGUAAAGUUGUCACCUCUGCACAUCUGGCUAGAGAGAGAGAAAGAGAGGGAAAAUGUGAUAGCAGAGAAGGAAAGGAGGAAAGAAAGAUGAGAUGACCCUCCAAAAGAGAGAGAAAAAGGCCAUUGUUGGGCCAGCCGAAUGCAGAAUGAUGCAGGGUGUGGCAAAAUAUUGGGACCAGCUGAACCAUAUUAGUUUGUAAUAAUUGAAGAAUUAUAUGCUGAGGGUGGCAAAGUGUGAUUAGGAAGGACAAGGUUGCUCAAUGUAGGGAUUGUUGUUAGACUAAACUAGAAGGAAAUUUGUUGUUUGUAGGAGAAAAAAGAGAGCUAUUUUUUUUAAUUCCAUGUUACUACAUAUAUUGCUAAUAUAGUUGGCACUGCCUUAAAAAAAAAAAAAUCUAAUCCGAAGGAAUAAUUGAGAUAUAGUAUUCAAUAUAAGACUGGUUAGUGUGAGGAUAUGUUUUUGAUUGGAAAUCUCACUGAUUUAUUUAUAUCUUUAGAAUAUGUAAGUGGAAGUCAGAGGGUGGC